AUGCUAAAAUAUUACACUUAUACAUUUUUGUGUUACAUUUGUCUCAUCAUUGUCAUCGAGGCAAGGACAAGAACAAAGGAUUAUGAUAAAAACUUGGGCGUGAAAGCAGUAACAAGACUGUGUGGUAUGGAAGGAGAGGAAUGCAUGGAUGAUUUCAAUUGUUGUGAAGAGUAUGAAUGCAGCCCUGAUUUACAAUGUCAACUUAGAAAUGCUAGAAAUAAAAUUGUUGGAUCUUAUCGAAAUUUAUGUGUAGCUGAUUAUGAUUGUCCACCAGGAUGGUGUUGUGAAGGCAAAUUAUAUGCACGUCGUUGUACACAAGAUUGUAGUAGAAAAACUGAACCAGAUGUUGUUCCAGCUGGAAGUUAUUAUGGACGACAAUUUUGGAAUUUAUGGGCACAUAAACGUCAUAUGGAUCGUAAUCAUUAUUGAACAUUUGAUGGAUAAAUCAAACAAAAAUAUUAUUCUCUUAUUUAUUCACUAAAGAAUAUUUGAAAACUUUAAUUUGGUUGUGAUAAACAGUAAUGGUUGUGAUAUAACCGGUUGUGAAUAAACUUCAUUUCAUUUGAAUUUUAGAAGAAAG